AUGUGUGAAAAUAAGAGUAAAGUAAAAGAUAUAAGCCUAGCUCCUUUUGGAAAAUUGCAAAUGCAAAUAUCUGAAAAUGAAAUGCCAGGAAUAAUGUCAAUAAGAGAAGAAUAUGAAAAAAAAAAACCAUUACAAGGUGCUAAAAUAAGUGGAUGUUUACACAUGACUGUUGAAUGUGCAUUGCUAAUUGAAACCCUACAGAAAUUAGGAGCCAAAAUAAGAUGGUGCUCAUGCAAUAUUUAUUCGACUGUAGAUUAUGCAGCUGCUGCUGUUAGCACAUUAGAAAAUGUAACAGUUUUUGCAUGGAAAGGAGAAACUCUUGAAGAAUACUGGUGGUGUGUAGAAAACUCUUUAACAUGGGGAGAUAACGAAGGACCAGAUUUAAUUGUUGAUGAUGGAGGAGAUGCAACUCUUUUAGUUCAUAAAGGUGCAGAAUAUGAAAAAUUAUAUGAAGAAAAAAAGAUUUUACCUGACCCAGAAUCAGCAAAAAACGAAGAAGAAAAAUGUUUUCUAAAUUUGUUAAAAAAAUCUAUUCUUAAAAAUCCCAAAAAAUGGACUAACAUUUCCAAAAAAAUUGUUGGAGUAUCUGAAGAAACGACAACUGGAGUAUUAAGAUUAAAAAAAAUGCAAAAAAAUAAUGAACUGCUUUUUUCUGCUAUUAAUGUUAAUGAUUCAGUCACUAAACAAAAGUAUGAUAAUGUUUACGGUUGUAGGCAUUCAUUACCGGAUGGUUUAAUGCGUUCUACUGAUUUUUUAAUAUCAGGAAAAAUAGUUGUUAUAUGUGGGUAUGGAGAUGUAGGUAAAGGAUGUGCAUCUUCUAUGAAAGGAUUAGGUGCAAGAGUUUAUGUUACAGAAAUUGAUCCAAUAUGUGCUAUUCAAGCAGUAAUGGAAGGUUUUAAUGUAGUUACCUUAGAUGAAAUUGUAGAUAAAGGAGACUUUUUUAUUACAUGUACAGGUAAUGUUGAUGUUAUUAAAUUAGAGCAUUUGCUGAAAAUGAAAAACAAUGCCGUAGUAGGAAAUAUUGGUCAUUUUGAUGAUGAGAUACAAGUUAAUGAAUUAUUUAAUUACAAAGGUGUUCAUAUAGAGAAUGUAAAGCCUCAAGUAGAUAGAGUUACCUUACCAAAUGGAAAUAAAAUUAUUGUUUUAGCAAAAGGAAGACUUUUAAAUCUUGGUUGUGCAACUGGGCAUCCAGCAUUUGUUAUGUCAUUUUCUUUUUGUAAUCAAGUUUUCGCACAGUUAGAUUUAUGGGAAAAUAGAAAUAAUUCUAAAUAUGAAAAUAAGGUUUAUAUAUUACCUAAAGAACUUGAUGAAAAAGUUGCUCUUUAUCACUUGAAAAAACUAAAUGCGUCAUUAACAGAAUUAGAUGACAAUCAAUGUGAAUUUUUGGGAGUUAAUAAGAGUGGACCAUAUAAAAGCAAUGAAUAUAGAUACUAG